AUGGGGGGAGGGGGUCACCUACCUGGAGCUGGACGCAAGGAACGGCGGGGCAGCACCCCGGAAGUUUACGCCGGGGCCCCCCAGACACCGAUGCCCACAACGGUCGGCGGGAGGGGGCUACCAGCACGAGCCAGGCCCCGGAUGGGGGACACACUGGCUGGCCGCCGGGGGCGGGGGGCGGGGCCAGUGGACGGGGGCGGGGUGUGCGCACCCGCGCCUCGGAACCCCGCGGCGGCGGCGCCCCGGCUCGGGCUCCCUGUUGUCGCUCAGCCGCCCAGUGGCCGCGGGCAGGCCGGGGCAGCCCCUAGAAGGCGAGUCCGUGGCUGCCGGGGUGCCGCCGCCGCCGCCGCCGCCCACACACUGCGCCCGCCGAGCCGGCCCGGGCCUUUUAAACUCGGACUGUACCAUCUGGCCCGGGAGGGGGCGGAGCUCGAAAAGCCGGCCUGCGAGGAGGGGUCAAGUCGCAGCACCCCUCCCUCAAAGCUCGAGCACCACAAUUCGGACCUUACAUCCCCGAAGGUCGCUCCUGGGGAGGGACAUCCCUGGACUCCCUUCCACGAGGAAGCAGAAGGAUCUCAGCCGAAACCCCCCUCUAGGCUAACAGUGCCAACUCUGCCGUCGGGCCCCGGUGCGGUGGCCGGUUCUGGGCCGCCCUCUCCUGUUUCCAUGCUUCCCUCGCGUCCGUCAGGAGCUCGUCCCACUCACCCGCUGGAGGCCUUCCUUGGUUAUAACCACUCCGAGGUGACGUCUGCCCUUGAACUGCUGUAGAAGGCCUUUAUCUACCCCCACCUGCCCCUCCAGCAUGCUGUGUCUGCUUUUGGAGCUGGGUCUUCCCAUCUUUCAGUCCCAGCUCCUACUUUAAGGCCGGCAGAUUUCCAUACCUCCAAAUGAGUCGUGUGGGGAGAGAAAAAUCAGAACACAAUGAAAAAACCACGAGGAAAAAACCAGAAGAAGAACGAAGCGAAGCUAAUAAGCGGUGCUCCCCGGCGCUCUCCCUGGUUCUCUCUCCGGAGAGGAUGGCGUCCUCCAUCCCGAGUCCGUGGAAUCUUCGUGCUGAGAAGAGCUGUUCACCCCGCCAUCUUGCUGUUCUUGUGAACAAGCUUUCCUGGUUCCGCCCGCUUCACUCGGCAGCAGUUCCCGUUGGUCUUUCCGGGCUUUUCUGAAAUCAGCAUGUUCAUCAUCUUUUUUUUUUUGCAGUAAGUUUAUUUAUUUUUAGUACACAGCGCUUUAUGAAUCAUGUCGGGAGACAAAAAUCAGAGCAAAAGGGAAAAACCAAGGGUGAGAUUAAAAAAACAAAAAAGCAGAAAAA